AUGGAGAUCAUGUUCAGAUGUUAUAAGUGUCCAGAAGAGGAGAAAGUUCCAUUAGCUAUAUUGGCAUUUUCUGAUUAUGCAUUGAGUUGGUGGACUCAACUUGUGUUGAACCGCCAAAGGAAUCGUGAACGAUAUGUUGAUUCAUGGGAACAGUUGACACAAAUCAUGCGAAAACAUUUUAUCCCACCUCAUUAUUAUAGGGAUAUUAAACGAAGACUUCAAUGCCUUGUUCAAGGUAAUCGAUCUGUUGAUGAGUACUUUAAGGAGAUGGAGAUGCUUAUGCAUAGAGCAAAUAUCCAAGAAGAUGAGGAGACUACCAUGGUGCGAUUUGUAGAUGGUUUGAACGUUUCGAUAGCCAAUGUUCUUGAUCUUCAAACCUACAUUGAUCUUGAAGAUACGGUACGCAAGGAAAUUGAGAUUGAGAGACAGUUUCAACAACGUCAAUCUCGUCCAUUUAGUACUUCACAAUAUCAUAGAGGUACGAGUUCUAAUUCUACUUUCAAGAAUUCGAAAUUUCCUUUUGCUACUAAUAAGUUGCUGCCAAAACAUGAUGAGGCUAAAUCUUUUGAGGGGAAAAGUGGGGCUCCUACAAAACCUUCUUCUUCAUCUUCUAAGCAGCUCACUUCUACUACUUCACAAAAAAAAGAACGAGCUCGUGAAAUUGAAUGUUUUAAGUGCAAAGGGCGUGGGCACUAUAGCCGUGAUUGUGCCAACACAAGACUUUUGUUGAUCAAAGAAGAUGGUGAUUAUACUUCUGAUUCUGAUAAAACAGACCCAGAUAUGCCCGAAUUAAUUGAUAAUGUCAACGAUUGUGGUAAAUUUUAUGGUGAAGAAGAGUUGGUGGAACCACUAACUCAUCACCGUUGUUUAGUUGUGAGGCGCACACUCAACAUCCAAUUGAAGGAUGAUCAUGAUCUUCAACGGAGUAAUAUAUUCCAUUCGAGGUGUUUGAUUAAAGGUACACUUUGCUCAUUUAUCAUUGAUAGUGGAAGUUAUGCUAACAUUGUGAGCAGCUACCUUGUGGAUUCUCUUGCUUUGCCAUGUAGCAAACACCCUACACCAUACCAUCUUCAAUGGCUUAACGAAGGUUCGAAGGUCCGUGUGGUAAAACAGUGCUUGAUCACUUUUAAACUUGGGACUUACAUUGAUGUUGUUUGGGGUGAUGUCGUUCCCAUGCAUGCCGCCCACUUGUUACUUGGUAGACCAUGGCAGUAUGAUCGUGAUGUUAUUCAUCAUGAAUAUGAAGAUAUUUUUGAAGAAGCACCUAAAGAAUUGCCACCUUUGAGGGGCAUUGAGCAUCAAAUUGACUUAAUACCUGGGUCAACAAUUCCAAAUCGACCAGCUUAUAGAAGCAAUCCUGAGGAGAUGAAGGAGUUACAAAAGCAAGUAGAUGAACUUUUGGCGAAGGGUCACAUUCGUGAAAGUUUAAGUCCUUGUGCAGUGCCGGUAAUUCCGGUGCCAAAGAAAAAUGGUUUUAUAGUAAGUGCUCAAGGUAUUCAUGUCGAUGAGGAUAAAGUAAAGGCAAUUAGAAAAUUGCCCACUCCUAAAUUAAUUACUGAGGUGAGAUCUUUCCAUGGUUUAGCAAGUUUUUAUAGACGUUUUGUGAAGGAUUUCUCCACUAUUGCUGCUCCAUUAACUGAGAUUAUUAAAAAAUAUGUGGGUUUUAAAUGGGGAGAAGUUCAGAAAAAGGCUUUUCAAACUUUAAAGGGUAAGUUAUGCUCUGCUCCGAUUCUUAAAUUACCUGAUUUUUCUAAUACUUUUGAACUUGAAUGUGAUGCUUCAGGUAUUGGAAUUGGUGCCGUGUUGAUGCAAGAAAAACGGCCAAUCGCAUAUUUUAGUGAAAAACUGACAGGGGCAAUUAAACUACUCAACUUAUGA